AUGGCCGGGAAUGAUCCGCAAAAUCCCAAGGCUCCCGUAGCUGACAAGACUAGUCGUAGUCCCACGGUAACCUCGGGCCCACCUAGUCCCGAGACAAACCGACCACCAGCACUGGAACCUCCAAGGUCAGGUGUUGAUAGAGAGGAUACAUCUACAGUUGACAUAACGCCGGUUUAUGACAAAGUUAGUGAGUACGUUAGAGAGAAAAUUACCAUUGCUGGAUUGGGCCAUGUGUUUCCAAAUCCCGAGAAAAAAAAGGGUGUGCACAGCCUGUCAACUUGUGAAAAAACGAUGAUGGUAGUAUGGGCCGUAUUUUUUACUGGAUGUGUUUUAGGCUGCCUGGUAUUAAUUGGCCUAAGCUUUAAGCGAUUUGUAGACAAACCAACAGCCUCUACUAUCACUGUUGUGUCUCAUGACAAAGCUGGGUUACCCUUCCCAGCUGUCACCAUUUGCAAUCUCAACUUGAAAAAGAAUGAUUCAGAUUUUAUUCUAAAUACCACUUAUCAAGCGAUUAUCUCUCUUUACAAUGCAGAUAAAAGCUCUCAAUUUACUAGUAAUAAAAAAAUUGACCAUUUGCUUAACACAUGUACUGCUUCUCUUUCAAAUAGCAUUCAAAAUGCUACAAUAUGGGAUAUCGUAAGUCCAGAAAUGGCAGUAAAUGAGUUUAUACAUUACUGUGGCUUUUUGCAUGGAGCUGACAGUGACGUCGUGAUGUGCAAGGAUUUAUUUGAACCAGUACUAACCUCAGCUGGAAUCUGCUUCACAUUUAAUGGAACUAAUAAGCUUGCUAAUAGCACUGGUAGAAGAUAUGGUUUAAAGCUAGUACUGAAUAUACAACAAGAGGAAAGGCCAUCGUUCAGUGGAAAGUUAGGUGUUAAGCUUGUCAUUCACGAUGGCAAAGAUAUUGCAAGGCCUAGCUUGUAUGGUAUUUCUGUACCACCUGGUUUUGCUGUUGAUGUUGGAGUACGCAAAAUGGCCACACGAGAUGAGACAAGUGAAGCUAAAUGUAUCGAUAACAUGAAUCUUCCUUUUUUUCCAAGUGACAAAUUUCAAUAUUCUCAAUUUGCCUGCAGAGAAAAUGCUGUUGCUGAAAAUAUAGCAAGAGGAAGUAAAUGUAACUGUGUCAUUCAACCUGAUAGGCCUCCUGGUCUUUACGCUUCCACUCCUAAUUGUACAUUUAGUAAAGCAUGCUGUCUAUUGCAAGAGCACUACACAUUUCACCCUGAAGAAAUUGACUGUCCUCUACCAUGCCACUUUGAAUAUUAUGAGCAUACUGCUAGCUAUUCCAGUUUCCCUCAUGGACAAUACCUGCAAGUACUAAUGGAGGAAUUAAACAUGUCUGCUGAAUAUGUCAAGAACAAUUUUUUGUCUAUUGAUGUUUUUUUUGAUGACUUUCAAGUCACUACAACAACUACUAAAUACACAUAUGGUAUAGAAACUCUGCUAGGAGAGAUUGGUGGUCUGCUAGGUUUAUUUAUUGGAGUGAAUAUCAUUAAUUUUUUUGAGUUGCUAGUGCUCUGUAUGGAUGCAACUAAGUUAUGCAAUAAAUGUUUUAAAAAAGAAAAACCAAAUAAAAGGACAAAUCCAGUAGAAUUGGAUAAUGUUUUGGUUACGAAAGGUUCGAGAAAUUCAACAAAACCAAUGAACACUGUGGUUGGUGAUACGGUAACAGUAAAUUAA